CAGGAGCUUCUUACUGGUAAAAGAUUAUUAAAUUCCCAGCACAGGCUGGCUCACACUGAUCACUCAAAGCAUCUCUCAGCAUAAGAUCUCACUGGAAGCAGAUUGAAAGGUUCAACAAAUCCAUUAAGUGAAUUACACGAUCUGUCAGACAUCCAAAUCUGACGAAAUCCAGACUGUGAGAUGACGGAUCUUGUCUCAAAUAACUGUAAUGAUGCUGCACUGUUCAGCACAGAUUGAAGUUGCUUGAUGAGAUCUCUAUUGAGGUCAUAUGCAAAAGUCUCAAUUGGGUCACCGGUUCCACCCAGCUAGCUUGAUAUCAGUGUGUUGAGUGACACCUCCAGAAUGACCAAAAGCAGCAGGGAGAAGUCGCAGUCAAGCAGCCGUGUGCAACAGAUCCGAGAGGGAAUUCACCUACGGUCCCUCAAGGCGAGGAAGAAAGUGGAAGAUAUCUCUAAAGAUGACGUUAAAACAUUUUUGAGAAGAAAUUGUUUUGUGUUGUUCACCGUUGGAGCCGUGGUCAUUGGUAUCAUGCUGGGGUUUGCCCUGAGGCCAUACAAGAUGUCAUACAGAGAAGUGAAGUAUUUCUCCUUUCCCGGAGAACUAUUGAUGCGAAUGCUGCAGAUGUUAGUGCUCCCCCUACUGGUAUCCAGUUUGAUUACAGGGAUGGCAGCAUUGGACAGUCGUGCCUCUGGAAAGAUGGGCAUGCGUGCAGUCAUAUACUACAUGACCACUACUUUCAUUGCCGUGUUUAUUGGCAUCAUCAUGGUUCUGAUUAUUCACCCGGGCAAAGGCUCAAAAGAUGAAUUCACCAAACAGCAGAAGAUCGAGCAGGUCAGCCCUGCGGAUGCCUUCCUGGAUCUCAUCAGAAACAUGUUUCCGCCUAAUCUGGUCCAAGCUUGCACACAACAGUUCAAGACUCAAUAUGGCAAGAGAAUCAUUCAUGUGAAGAUGAUAGUGAAUGAUUCUAUAUUUAACCUAACUAACGCCACCCAGGAGAUCACCCAAGAGGAGGUAAUUCCUCUUUCUGGCACCACCAGUGGGGUUAAUGCCCUUGGGCUGGUGGUGUUUUCAAUGUGCUUCGGCUUCAUAAUUGGGAAUAUGAAGGAACAGGGACAGGCUCUCAGAGACUUCUUCAACUCACUCAAUGAGGCCAUCAUGAGACUUGUUGCUAUUAUUAUGUGGUAUGCUCCUAUUGGAAUUCUCUUUCUGAUUUCUGGAAAAAUCGUGGAGAUGGACGACAUCACUGAGAUGGGCAGUCAGCUGGGCAUGUACACUGUCACAGUGAUAAUUGGCCUCAUGAUACAUGGUAUGAUCGUUCUACCGACUUUGUACUUUGUCAUCACACGGAAGAACCCCUUCAUCUUCAUCACGGGUUUACUGCAGGCCCUCAUCACUGCUCUCGGAACAUCUUCCAGCUCAGCCACUCUUCCAGUCACCUUCAAAUGCCUGGAAGAGAAUAACAAAGUUGACAAACGUGUGACUCGAUUUGUGCUGCCUGUUGGAGCUACGAUCAACAUGGAUGGAACAGCACUAUAUGAAGCCCUGGCAGCCAUCUUUAUCGCCCAGGUUAACAACAUGGACAUGAACUUUGGGCAGAUCAUAACCAUUAGCAUUACAGCUACUGCUGCAAGUAUUGGGGCGGCAGGAAUCCCCCAGGCUGGGCUGGUCACCAUGGUGAUUGUACUGACCUCUGUCGGACUGCCGACUGAUGACAUCUCCCUCAUCAUUGCAGUUGAUUGGUUUCUCGAUCGACUGCGCACUACAACUAAUGUGCUGGGAGAUUCAAUAGGAGCAGGAAUUGUGGAGUUCCUAUCCAAAGAUGAGCUUCAAAGCGGUGAUGUGGAGUUGGGAAGCUCUGUGCUAGAGGAGAAUGAAGUGAAGAAACCCUAUCAGAUGAUUUCUCAGGAGAACGAAUAUGAGAAUGAGAAACAACCACACACUGAAACCAAGAUGUAGAGACUGCAUGUUCAAUGCUUAACUAAGGAUUUUUUGUGUGCUUAUGUAUGUAUAGUGGCCACAAAAUUAUCUAGACACUGAAGCCACACUUAAGUGUCAUUAUAUAAAAAAUUUCAAACAAAGUGGCAUUUAUUUUAAAUAAAUAUAUCACAGGCACACUUUUCAAGCUAAAUAUUACACAAAGUAAUUUGUUAGGUUUCAAAUGAUAAAAUUAGAUAUAUUGUGCAAAACAAAAACAAAACAACAAAAAAAAAAGUAUUUGGACAAUUAAACUUUGUGGAACGUGUCCAUACUUAAUGUGAUAAAAUGUGUGGUAAAUCUGACAGGACACCUUUGUGAACUUUAGGGGAACUGACUUCAUAUAUCCACUAAAAAACACCAGUUGGUUAAAAAAAAAUAAAAAAUGGCUAAGAAAGGUCAAGUUAGUUCUGAGAACAGGUCUAGCAUCAUUUGUUUGCCAAUGCCACUUGUUUUGAUAUUUUGUUAUCUGGUGCAAUGGCAAUUCAGACAUUUUUAAGUGUAACUUAAGUGUCUAAAAGUGUCCAAACAAUUUUGGGGGCCACUGUAGGCCUAUGUGUUGGCUUUGUUAUUUUUCUUUAUUUUUGCAUUUUGCAUUUGGUUUUCAGCCUUCUUUUGUCCUUCUACUGUUAUUUUAUUCUUGUGCUUUGGAUAACUCCAGGUCAUGCCAAUUAUUAAUUUGAUUUGAUAGGAGAGUUUUGCAUUUAUAAAAAUAUAUAAUAACACAUGUUCUUUUUUUGUACUUGUUUCAAUAAUUAGUUGAAAUGUGAAUCAAUCGUACAGACGGCACUGAAAUGAAUUAUAGACGCAACAUGUCACACAAGCUAUGGUUACAAUAAUAAUAUCUGGAAUCAAACUUAUGGGUUUGACGAGGUUAAACAGAACAGGGUCAUGAAUGUAAACUGGACUGAUUUUAAGCCGUAAUUAAUUUCACAGUACUUUUCUCACAGUAAAUGAUUCAUCUGAUAAGAAAGAGUUAAUGUAACACUGUUAAUGUAAAGUUUUGAACUGGGUGUUAAACAUGGGCAGGAUUCCAUGAUUCAAAACCUCUGGACUCCGUAUUUUACAUGGACAUUUAUAAAAGGAGGAUAAAAUAUGUCAAAGUGUAAAUAUCAGGAGAAAAUUAUGUUUGGUUUGGAAAGAUGCUUAACAUGUCUUAAUGUAUGCGAGGACUCGUUAAUAUUUAAGCAGUUAUUUUAGCAUAUCCACUGACCUUCUUAUUGCCAUUUGCUAACAUUAAUAAUAAUUAGAAAUAAUAAUUAAAAGCUACUGAUUAUUAAUUGUAGGUGAAUGGGCUGAGUGUUACUCCAAGAGUCCUGUGAUUGCAAUAACACACAAAAUGUUGUCAUCUUGAAAACAGAAAUAGACACAAUAUAUACCUAUUCAAUUGGAAACUGUGAUGCUGUUUGCCCUUUUUUUAAAUGCUUAAAUAUGUUUUUCAGGUUGCUAAAUAUUUCCUAUCAAGUCUGUAAAGAACAAAAUGGGUAAUUAGAAAUUAUAUAUAAUAAAGAUGAUAAGGAUUUUGUGUAUGUUAAAUAUAGUUUUAAAUAAAAUGGAGAAUGGAGAUGCUUUCUGUGA